CACAGAUUAACUACCUUUAAAGAGAGCAUGUGUCUUAGCAAUAUCCAGACAAAAUACUGCAAGAAAAUCUCUAUUAAUAUGUGAUUCAACAACAUGGACAUACUGAAUGCAACAUAAAUAUGAGUAAAUAAUUGAAUGUGUUCCUACCAAUCAAUGAAUCAACUUCCACUUUAAAGGAAGAUAAGAAUACAAAUCGCCCACAAACAAUGAGAAAUUGCGUGUGCAGCUUGCUUUAUUUUUGAUCUAUACCAUCACUGGUUGCCUUGUUUAUAGGUAAUACAUUGAUCAUGAAUGAACAACAAAGAAGUGAAGUAAGGUUAUGAGAUAAUAAAAGGCUCAUGCACUUGAACAGGUAAACAAGAAACUAAAACAGAAACUAAAACAAGCAAACAAAUAAGUGAUCAGUGCGCCUUAUCACAGAGAUCAUGGAGAGAUUAUUAUUAUAUUCAAUUUUUUUACUAUUUGGUGUAAUUUUCUCACGUGUUAAAUGACUUCUUUUAAGUUGGACGAAAUAUAAAGAAACAUUAUAAAGCACUCCAAUCCUGCAUGGCCGUUGUUUUUGGAAGUACCUCUCCUACCAAGAAAAACAGCCAAUAGAAUAGUAUGUUCCUUCUGUUGAGCUUAUCCCAAGGCUAGCUGCCCUUUAAACAUGGUCCAGAACUGGGUCACGAUGUUCUCUGAAGUUUGAGUAGUUGACAUUAAGGUUUGAGUACUUGGACUUGUGCAAGUGUCGCAAGCAAAUGUCAUGAGUGGCUAAUGAUGGCAGGGAGGGUUUUCACAGUACACUGUGUCAAGUAGACUUUUUUUCAGAGGCUCAAAAUUGAUUAGCAGUUGAUUGACAAGUGGUUUCAUAGGCAGGUGAGACCAGUUCCUUUGACUUUACAUGACAGAUGAAUUUGACAAAAUAUCUGAACUUGAUUUAAAGCUUCAGAUUUGUAUUUUGUAGCUUUUUCUUGUAAUUUCAAAUAUGACACCUAACAAGGCUGAUAAACAAAAGUAAAUCUAAAGUGAUAGGAAAAUCUUUAGGAGUUUUAAAAUCUGGAUGGCUGAUAUAUUCUUAUAAAGGGUGCACUGACCAGCUCAGCAACACCAACAGGCUUGAAAUACCACAAAAGACAACUUGGGGUCACUGAUGUUUAUUGUCGAUGGGAGUGCUGAUAGUAGAGGUAGAAGGAAUUCUAAGGUGGACAGCCCUAUACUCUCUGUUCAGAUUCAGCCAAAUGUGGCAAAACUAAUUGCACAGUCCAUCACAGUGCAAUAAUGGAUAAUGAUCCAAAGCACACUGCAAACCAAACCUAACCGAGUAUCUCAAGCGUGUAUUAAAUUACUCCACUUUGGUGUAUCAAGGGAAAACUAAAAAAAUUGUGUCUUUAUCAAACAAAGACUUAACUGUGGUGCAGAUAGUCAAAGUUUUGCUCAAGUGCUCUGCUCAAAACUUGCAGGUUGUCUUUUUCUCGACACUUGAAAUGAGAUUUGGAGAAACGGCACACAUCAGGAGCUACUGUUAGCUGAGAAGAGAAACUGAAAGCCACAGGGAAUAAUUCAAAGCAAUUGUUUCCAACUCUGCAGUGCAACUUGUAUUUUUUAUUAGCACCACCUGACAGAUCAUUAAAACAAGUGAUAACAAUGGAUAUAAAAAGUUAAUUUACCCUGGAGUGGCAGAGAAGCACCAUGAAUGUACUACACAGUCUUAGCUGAGCGCUGGAUGUACAGUACUGUGCAAAAAUGGGCCACCCCACAUUUCUUUAUAUAUUUGCUCGGAAAAUAGGAAAUCGGUGCGUUAGUUUAUUUUUAUUUAUUAAAUUAUGUGCAAACAAACAUGAAAGUACAGCAUAAAAAGCAAAAACAGACUUUGCAUAAUUCGAAUGAUCUUGAAAAUAUCUGAUGUGAUCACAUUUAUUCUUACAAACACAGCCUGAGCUCUCUUAGGCAGCUUUCUUGUUAUUCUUUAAGGAGAUUUUAGGAAUAGUUCUCCAGACUUCUUGAAGACAUUCAAAGAUCUUUGGUUUUGUUGUCUUUUAAGAUGAUCUCAUAAUGCAAUCUCAAUAUUAAUAAGGCCCAGGCCCCAAGGAGGCCAGUCCAAGACUGACAGUGUUCGAUUGUGUGUUUUUCUAUACAGAUAACCUUUUAAUACAUUGGCAGUGUGUUUGGGAUUAUUGCUAUUUCUAAAAAGAAAACAAACCCCUUGCCAAUCAGAUGCUUUCUAGAUGGUUUUACAUGUAAUGUAAUGUAACUUUUCUGGGUUCAUAAUUCAAAGAGUCUAGCUGAAAUGCAGACCCGAUCAUCACAGAGCCUUCACUGUGUUUUACAGAAGGUUGUAAGCACUCACUGCUGUACUGCUCUCCUGACCUCCUCCAUACAUACUAACAAUAAUGUCCCUGUUUACCUUGUUUAGAAAUUGCUUCUUGACAGCCGCUCUUCCAUUGCGAACGUUUCUGAUGAGGCUUUAGGGAACAGUAUAUCUGAUUGAUCAUAUGCACCUCUCAGGUCCUAUCUCAGGCCUUUCAGGUCUUUCUUUCCUAUUUCUUAAAGACCUGGCUUUGAGAUGCUGCUUAUGUCUUGUAGAUACUUUUUUAGGCCUGCCACUUCUUUUUGUCCUCCACUUUUCAGGUUUCCUCAAAUUCUUUGAGAACGUACUGCACACCAUGCUGAUAUAAUCCAGGUUUUCAGCUAAUAACUCUGUGAGAAUCACAUUGUUAUUUAAUGCCUAUCAAACUAUGUUAUAUUUGCCAUUUUUCAGAGAUUCAACUCAACAAAUUGGGCUAAAUUAUGUUUUGUGGCAUGCUGCUAGAAAAAAUACCUUAUGAUACAUAUUUAAAAUUGCUUUGUUUUCUGUUAUUGGUGGACACAACACUGAUUUAUCCUUUGAGUUAGCUGCUGUUUAAAUGCUUGAAUGAUUCAUAGCUCAAGAAAGUGAUUGUUCCAACCACAUACAGGAACACUCAUUCUGUUCUUACACAACCUUUAAUUGGGCUUUGACAGGAAGUGGCUGACUUCUUUUAAAACAUUAUUUUUGCUUGCUUUUGUUGUUUGUAGUCCUUCCAAGCUCUUCUUUGUAUCUUCUCUUCCCCCUCAACUUUGAAAGCGUAAAGGUAGGAUGCCCCUCCCACUUCUGUCUGAAGCCCUUUACUAUUGAAGAGUCCCGCCUUUCCACCAUCACCAAAUACUUGCUCAUAGGGGUAAUCCGAUCUGUCUAAUGUUGUCUACUAUCGUGAUUUCUUCAGCCAUAAUAUAAAUAACUGUUAGAUGACUGUUGAUAUGAACUAUGUGGCCUAAAUUAGGCAGAGCAGUGGUGGUUAGUGCUGUCUAAUCGUUGUUGUUGGCUUAUAUGGAAUUAUUUAAUUAUUUGAAAUUUUGACCGUUUUGAUUAUGAGCGACUAAACAGAUGGUCUAAACUGCCAUCUAGUGGUAAGGAAGGAGAAUACUGGCACUGCACUUUCUGUACAGCUUGUGCAGCAGCACAAGCAGUGCUCAGCUCAUCCGAAUUCAUGAGGGGUCCUUCUGUUGGCAGCUUCUCUCAAGCCUUUUAAAUCAUGAAACAGAUGGAGAGGCAGAGAAGCAGCAUGGCCUCAGUUCCUCCCCCUCCUGCCUACCAAGUAGCUUAUUUCUCCUUAGCAACUGUCACCUGACCUGCAGUAGUUAGUGUUCAGUGAGGCACACAUAUGCACACAGAUCACAGGACUGUGCGUCUCAGUCGUUAACUCCUCGACCUGCUUCACAGGCCUCAUGGCUUUGGCAAUUAAUAUAUCCACAGAGCAUAAAAAUCUUACACAGACACCUCUGCUCAAGAUCUGGGUGCCAUGGACUGGAGGCAACUUGAACCGCAGGAGAGGGUCCUCUGUGCCUCAGUUCUGUAACUCUCCCACAAUGAUUGUGAUGGUUGGAUUGCCAGCCAGAGGGAAGACAUACAUUUCCAAGAAGCUCACUCGUUACCUGAACUGGAUCGGUGUUCCGACAAAAAUGUUUAACGUGGGCCAGUACCGCAGGGAGGCCGUCAAGAUCUAUAAAAACUUUGAAUUCUUCAAACCUGAUAAUGAGGAAGCCAUGAAGAUUCGCAAGGCCUGUGCAGCAGCUGCACUCAAAGAUGUUGCUUUGUACUUCACAAAGGAACAGGGGCAAGUAGCCGUAUUUGAUGCUACAAACACCACAAGAGAAAGGAGGGCAAUCAUUCUUAGUUUUGCAAUGGAAAUGGGCUACAAGGUGUUCUUCGUUGAAUCCAUCUGUGAUGACCCAGAAAUCAUUGCAGAGAAUAUCAGGCAAGUAAAAUUCGGCAGCCCUGAUUAUGCAGACCGUGACAUAGAUGAAGCCAUGGAAGAUUUCACCCAGCGCAUCGACUGUUACAGGGCAAGCUACAUGCCUAUAGAUGAUGAGAAAGACAGGAAACUCUCCUACAUAAAGAUCUUCGAUGUGGGCAGUAGAUACCUUGUGAACCGGGUCCAGGACCACAUUCAGAGCAGAAUAGUGUACUACCUCAUGAACAUACACGUCACACCAAGAUCCAUCUACCUGAGCCGCCAUGGAGAGAGCGAACUCAACCUGUUAGGUCGGAUUGGUGGAGACACGGGCUUAUCCCCUAGAGGACAAAAGUAUGCUAGUGCCCUGGCGACCUUCAUCAAAGGACAGAAAAUCAUAGACCUCAAGGUGUGGACGAGUCACAUGAAGAGGACUGUCCAGACGGCAGAGGCCCUGGGAGUCCAGUAUGAACAGUGGAAGGCUCUUAAUGAGAUAGAUGCGGGUGUAUGUGAGGAACUAACUUAUGAGGAAAUUCAGGAGAAUUUCCCAGAAGAAUUUGCACUAAGAGACCAGGACAAAUAUCGCUAUCGGUACCCAAAGGGUGAGUCCUAUGAAGAUCUAGUCCAUCGUCUAGAGCCAGUCAUCAUGGAGCUGGAGAGGCAGGAAAAUGUUUUGGUCAUUUGCCACCAAGCUGUGAUGCGCUGCCUGUUAGCUUAUUUCCUUGACAAACCUGCAGAUGAGCUGCCUUAUCUAAGAUGCCCUCUUCACACUGUGCUCAAACUCACACCGAUAGCCUACGGGUGUAAGGUUGAGUCAUUUUUCCUCAAUAUUGAAGCUGUCAACACACACAGAGAGAGGCCACUGAAUGUCAACAUCACCAGAAACCCAGAGGAAGCUCUGCAGACUGUUCCUGACCACAUAUAAACACUGUUUGCUGGAAAACUGAGUUAUGUGAAACUGGAUUUGUUACCACUGAUAAGCUUCACUAAGUUUUAGAGAUGCACUCCAGUCACAGCUGAAUGUGGGAAAAUAGAAGACAGGAGGUCUUUGAAGCUGAAGAGGUGAUUCCAGACACGGGACUACAUCAACACCGAAGCACAAGGAGUGAGUGAAAAGGGAAUAACCUACAGCUGGCUCUGUUUUCAGGAUGUCUGUGGAAUAUUUCUGUCUCAUCAGACUUAAUGUGGUUUUCUUUUCUGAAAGCACACAGUGUUUACAAAUGAUUUAUAGACAGUAAUAAUGCACUUUGUCUUGAGCUGAAGGCAAGAAUAAAAUUGUAGAUGUAGAUGGGUUUUCAUUAUCACUCUUAACCUUGCCUUCAUGUACAUUUAACUGUGGUACAGAUAACAAAAUGUGUUGUUGAUCAUCAAGUUAUGUAAUUAGGAAUCAGCACCAUGGACAGCACCCAAACAAAACAUUUACUUUAUACUUGGAUGACUGUAACUACUGUAAUGAAAUUAAAUAGCAUGGUGAGUUCGAAUAAAUAAAAGUUGUACAUAGAAAAUAUAUAAGAAUAAUUAUCUCCAAUAUGUGAGAAAAUAAAUUCGCAUUAAAAUUCAGGAGUCUUUGUUUUAUUCUUCUAAUUGCCACGUGCAACAAUUAAAGUCUAAAUUCUUCCCACAUACCUAAUGACCAAUGUUACUGUUUCCUUUUUUUCCCUUUUUCUUUUAAAUAAUGGGUCUUUGAGAAAUGUCGCUCGAGUGAAACGAAAACAUUUGGCAGUAAUUAGAAAAAAAAUACGGCUGUGAUUAUUUUAAGGAGCGCUGUUACGGAGAAGCUGGGGAGGGGAGACUGUUUUGGUGUUUUCCUGAAGUUCUCGUUAAGUCCCCAAAGUUUCCAGUAUAUAUGAAUGCAUGCUGGAAGCGGCCUCCUCCUUUUCCGUGAAAACUCGUGCAGGUUUCUAAAUGAACUUCACUCUCUUUGGCAUUUUUUCUUACACAACACCUCACGGAUGUUUGGCUCUUUUCUGAAUGUAUUUUUAUGUCAAUAUCAAAGCCGCAGUUUAGGUGACGCGAGAGAGGGGGUGGACUGCCCACUGCAAAAAGUGUAAAAAUUAGGCGUGUGCUCUGCUUGCUUCAGUCAGCGUGAGACCACUGGACGAUUUCCUUAUUUUUCAGCACCAAGUCUAAAUUAUUAAGGGCAAAAUGUUUUUAAAGGUUCCCUGUGUUCUAGUCUUCUUCACUUUGUACAUGCGAGAGGGAUUAUCAGAGGAUUAUUACGCAAAAGUUAGCGCGAAUAUUAAUUUACAGAGAGCAAAACGUCAAAGCAAACCAACAAAACCAGUGGUUACUUCAGUCUGUAGCAGUUCCCUGGUAACAUACAGUAAUUCUUGGGCAAACCACAGCUUUCCUAAAUACCGCUGAGGUGGAAGCCUGAUGUGGCUGUCUCUGCCCCCUGCCUGUCGCCUUGUCCUGCACUAAUGUGGCCAGCAUUAACCAGAUUGGUCUCAGUAGGCGCCAGCAGUCCCUAAGUAAACAACAGGAGAGCACAGACACCCUGCAGGGAACUGCUUUGUGUUGUUUCACUGGCUUGAUGCAGGAGAAUCAGUAAUAUAAAAAAAAAGAAAAACAAGGAUACCACAUUGACACUGAAGGUGACAGACUACCUUGUUAAGUGUUCAGUGGUGUCCCGCUAUGCUGUUACUACAGUCCAGAGUUCAGUGUGGAACCAGCUCCCAAUAACUAAGGAGGCUGC